AUGGAAGACGACAUUGCAGUUUGUAAGGUACGGGCGGAUCCUUACAGUCAAGUCCAAUAUGCCGACUUUUCAAAUGUGCAAUACUUCAACCCAGUGGACUCCGACGAGGAGAGGGAGCGGGAACGCUCCGAGAAAGAGAGGAUAGAGUACGAGAAGGAGCUGGCACAGAAUGGAGGCGGCGGUGAGGGCACACUCGACAGUGCCCCACAGGAGGAACCCGCCCAGUCAAAGUCCAGCAAGAAGCAGAAGAAGAAGAAAGCCGCCAAGGCGGCGAAGGCUGCUGCCGCGAAGGCGAACGAGCCGCAACUCCUAGAAGCCGCGCCUCCCACAGCACCAGAAGCAGAAGCAGAGGCGCAAGCUGGCAAGGAUGCAGGUCAACCGCCUGUACCUGAUGACGCCAAGGAAGCCGCAGUGGCAGCCAUUGAGCCUCAAUCGCCUGAUGCCGCCACGGAAGAAACAAAUUCUAACCGGAAGGAAGCAGCGGGUGAAAUGCCUGCAGACGAGAAGGUUGUAUCUGAAGAGCCCAUAGUGGAGAAGCCCGCAGAUGAUCCCGUCGUCGCGAAAUCAGAUGAGCCGGUAGAAACAACUCAAACGCCGCCUGAAGAGGGCGCAGCGGCGGAGGAGCCUGAAACUGUCGAGGAGGAUUUGCCGCCAACUGGAAAGAAGUCAAAGAAGGCAAAGAAGAAAGAUAAGGACAAGGAGAAGAAGGAAAAGGAGAAAAGGGAGAAGGAGAAGAAGGAGCAAGAGAAGAAGGAAAAGGAAAGGGAGAAGGCUGCCAAGUCCAAGUCGAAAGACAAGGAUUCGAAAAAGAGCAAGUCAUCCUCAUCUGAAGACAUGCCGCCGCCGCCUCCGCCUCCACCGCCUCCUGCUCCUGUCGAGACUCCUGCUCCCGUCGAGACUCCUGCUCCUGCUGAGACUCCUGGCGAUGCAACUGCCGAGCAGUCAGUUGAGAUUCUUCCAGAACAGAAGGACUCAGUGGAGGCUUCUCUCCCGCCGGAAACACUACACGCAGACUCCCCCAACAAGAAUGUCGAUUCCGAGGCACACGCGCCGAUCUCAGCCGAGAAGGAACCAGCUCCAAAGGAGGACCCAGCACCUGAUACUGCCACCCCUGAAGUCCAGGAUGCUGCUCCGAUCGAGCCUGAAGCCAACGAUACUGUUGCUGAGGCUGUAACGAAUGAGGCGGAACCAGAGCACGUGGCACCGGCAGAUGCAACCGCAGCUUCACAGGAACCUGCGAUUGUGGACAAAGCUGUUGACGUGGCGAUGGCAGGGAAUGAAACCCCUAGCGCCGAGUCGAAGCCUACUGUCGAUGCGGGUGAUUCUCAGCCUGAAGAGGUGCAAGCGAGCGACGCAGCCGAUGCCGCGCCCGUGGAAGACUCCGCGCCCACGGAAUCCGAGGUGAUCAAUGCGCAAAGUGUCGAAGAGGGCAGUUCUGAGGAAAAUGCUGCGACAGAGGCUGAUGCAGCGAUGCCUGCUGAGAAAGAAGUCUUAAAGGACGAUACACCAACCGCGGCCGAGGAUGACACCGAGAAUGCGAUUGAGAAGUCUGUCGAGGACAUCAAACGAGACGAAGCCAUCGCGGAGGCUAUAGCGGAAGCGAAGAAUCAGCAAAAACAGGAUGACGAUUCCACAACUCCAAAGCAGGAGCAGCCCAAUAUGUCCCAGCCGGUUGAGCCCAGCCAGCCAGUCGAGGUGAGCGAAGAGGCGCAGACUGUAGAGGAAGUGGUCCCAGAAACUUCAGCGAAAACCAAUGACGAGGAGCUUCCUACAACUUCUGAGCCGGACACUGAUGCGGAAGCGACCAACGCUCCCGUUCCUGUGGGAGAGGAAAUGGCGUCUGCUGUCGGUGUCGACCCUGCAGGCAACACUGAAGAAUCCGCCGUCGUUCCCGAGGAAUCAACUUCAACCGAAAACGACUCCGGCGAAAGCAACACAGCCAACGAGGCGCCUGCUUCCGCCAAUGCCCCAGAAGCAGGAGCUAAUGAGGAGAAUGCUGAAGAUACGCCCGACUCUGCUGGCGCCGCUUCCAAUGGCGAAUCCGGUGACAUUGUUGACGACAUAACCACUGAGACAGCGGAAAAGGCCCCGGAAGAGUCUGUGGCCGAGCAGACUGCUACAGCCGCGCCGGUGGAGGGCGGCGAGAAUCUUGGCGCCAAUGAGGUUGCUUCGGUUGAGAAUACCAUUGACUCUGCUCUUGAAAACAUCCAGGACACUUCAGAAGAACCUGCUGCCGAAGAGACUCCUGCUACCGAGGAGACUCCCGCUUCAGAGAAACCUGCUACUGAGGAGACCCCCGCCACUGAGGAGAACCCUGCUACUGAAGAGACUCCCGCAGCUAAGGAGACACCUGCUAUUGAGGAGACUCCCGCUUUGAAAGAACCUGCUGCUGAGGAUACUCCCGCUGCUGAGGAGACUCCCGCUGCCGAAGAGAUACCUGCUGUUGAAGAGACUACCGCUUCAGAAGAACCUGCUGCUGAGGAUACUCCUGCUGCGAAGCCAGACCCUUCCAGUGAUAUCACAGAGGCCAAAUCCACGAAUGAGGAUUUAUCUUCUGCUGGAGACCCGACCGUGGUGGAACAGGCUGAAGGAGUGUCUUCAGAAGGUGUCGAGAGCCAAGCCGUCAAUGAUGCGCCCAUUGAAAUAGCCAGCGAACAGGGUGCACCCAUAGAUGACUCCUCAGUGGAAGGCGUGUCCGGAGCUCCUGAACCAACGAGCGAGACCGGCUCAACCGAGCCGCCUGCUGUUGCUGAUGCCUCUCCUAUUGCUGAAGCCUCUCUGAUUGCCGAGCAUGUGGACGACACGUUCAAGCCGGAGGAGGAAACAGUCAGCGCACAAGUGGCUGAGUCGUCGAAAUCUAAGAAGAAGAAGAAGAAGGGCAAGAAAUCGAAGCCUUCCACGCCUCCGGAUGUGGAGGCACCCAUCCCAGCUGAUGUGCCGGCCAUCGAGCCAGAAUCAGCCUUUGACGAAGCGCCUGUGCAGGAGCCAACUCCUACGGAAGCUCCAGUGGUCGAGGAGGUUCUGGAGGCCACUAAUACCGUGGAUUCGGGGUCCAACAAAAUCGCCGAUUUGGCAUCAGAAAGCAGUGCUCCUGACGACAGCCCUGGGAAGGCAGAGGCCCUGGAGGUCGAAGCUGUGCAGGAGAGGUCCUCUGCAGUUGAGGCCAACACCACAGCAGAAACCGUUCCCAGCAAGAUCGAACCGGAAACUCAGGAGCACCCACCAGAAGAAGCACCACUACCUGACGAAGCUGUAUCAUCCGUCUCUGUGGAGAAGACGACCACUGAAGGUACUCAUUCGCAACACGGAAGCGACUUGGUAGAUGGCACGGUUAAUACAGGCUUAGAAGCAUCAGCGGAUGAUGUGGCAGCAGUCAUAGAUGCUGAAGCACCAGACCAGGCGAACGGCGAGGAAUCAACCUCCGACGCUUUUGCUAAUUCUGGAAUCGAGAAGACUGAAACUGUGGAGCUCACAGAGGACGACACAGUCGUGGCAGUCCCUGACACACCAAACACUGAGGAAGCUGAAGAUGCAGCUCCGGAUUCGUCCGAACAGACAGUUUCCGACGCCGAACACAGCGCCAUCAGCCAUGUUGAGGAGGAUGCCGCUGCACCUGCCGAUACUUCGGCUGCGGAAGACUCUGCCACGUGCUCAGACGCCACAGCUGCACCAACCGAGCCAGAGGCCGAGACGCAGCAGGAAAGUCAGGUUCAGGAAUCUGUUGCCACAGAAAAUAUCGAGGACAAACAGGCACCUUCGGAUGUUGUGACAGACGAGGCUGCUGUCGAGAAGAGCGCAGAAAUCGAUGUCGAAACCUCGCCUGCCGAGCCAGAUUUCUCUACCACAAUUGAAGACGUCAUCGUGGAGCCAACCUCAGCCGCAGCCAGCGCAGAGAAGUCCCCGGCAGAUGCGGCCAUUGUGGCCGACUCUACUGAAAAGAUAUCUGCCAGGGGCACGUCAACCACAGAGGAAUCUGCCACUCUAGAGGCCACUAUUCCGCCCGAGCUUGAACCUGAGCAGGCCGCCAGCGAGGCGCCCGUUAGUAUCGAGAGCAUUGUCGAGAACGCGGAAGCAACCACUUCUGUGGCAGACAGAGAAGUCGAAGUAAAGCCGAUCCCAGCAGGAGAUACUGCAGCGCAGGAGGGAGAGCAAGCGCAUGAACCCGCCACUGAGCAACCCCUUUCCAGCGACCCCGUCAUUGACGAGGACGGCGUUGGUUCCACGGGAUUUAGUGACGAGGCGACUGUCACUGAAGUGGCAGCAGGGGACACCUCCGCGGAAGGUCCCGCUAUCCAGACCCCCCUAGACGACGAGAUGCCGGAGGCCGCGCCUGCAGAAUCCAUGACUGAGGAUUCUCCUGCAAAGGAGCCCGCUGCUUCUGAGCCCAUCUCUGAGCCUGCUGUCGAGGAGCCUGCCACUGAGCCUGCUGUCGAGGAGCCUGCCACUGAGCCUGCUGCUGUUUCCGAAGAGCCUGCUGUCGAGAAACCUGCUGUCGACGAACCUACUGUCGAGGAGCCUGUUGAGGCGCCAGCUGUCGACGAACCUGCUGCUGAGCCUGCUGCUGUUUCCGAAGAGCCUGCUGUCAAGAAACCUGCUAUCGACCAAUCUAUUAUCGAGGAGCCUGUCGAGGAGCCGGCUGCUGAGCCUGCGGUCGACGAACCUGCUGUCGAAGAGCCUGUCGAGGAGCCGGCUACUGAGCCUCUUGCUGAGCCUCUUGCUGAACCUGCUAUCGAGGAGCCUGUUGUCGAGGAGCCUGCUGUCGAGGAGCCUGCCUCUGAGCCUGCUGCUGAGCCUGUUGCUGAGCCUGUCGAGGCGCCAGCUGCGGAGUCCGUCUCUGAGCCUGCUGUCGACGAACCUACUGCUGAGCCUGCUGUCGACGAACCUGCCUCUGAGCCUGUCGAGGAGCCUGCCUCUAAGCCUGCUGCGGAGCCUGCUGUCGAGGAGCCUGCUGUCGAGGAGCCUGCUGUCGAGGAGCCUGCUGUCGAGGAGCCUGCCUCUGAGCCUGCUGCGGAGCCUGCUGCUGAGGCGGCUGCUGAGCCUGCUGUCGACGAACCUGCUGUCGAAGAGCCUGUCGAGGAGCCGGCUACUGAGCCUCUUUCUGAGCCUCUUGCUGAGCCUGUCGAGGCGCCAGCUGCGGAGUCCGUCUCUGAGCCUGCUGUCGAGGAGCCUGCCACUGAGCCUGCUGCUGUUGAGGAACCUGCUGCUGCUACUGAGCCCGUCGCUGAGCCUGCCGCUGUUGUCGAAGAGCCUGUCGCUGUUGUCGAAGAGCCUGUCGCUGUUGUCGAAGAGCCUGUCGCUGUUGUCGAAGAGCCUGCCGCUGCUGCUGAGCCCAUCUCUGAGCCCGCUGUCGAGGAGUCUGUCGACGAACCUGCCACUGAGCCUGCUGCUGAGCCUGCUGCUGAGCCUGCUGCUGACCCUGUUGAGGAAGCUGCUGGCGAGGAGCCUGUUGCUGAGUCGGCUGUCCAGGAGUCGGUACAAGAACUUGUUGUCGACGAAGCCACUUCUGAACCUCCUGCUGAAGACCAGGUGCUAACACCACCGCCUUCGUCUUCUGAAGUUGUCGAUAACGUUGAGAAAGGUACUUUCAAGAAUACGGGACAGCCCGAAGCGGUCACUGACACUGGCUUAGAUGACGAAGCUGCAGAUGCGGUCGUUGACACCGAGCCCGCCGCCCUGCAGACCGAGGAACCUCCAGUUCUAGCUCGAAUUCCGCCUACAGAUUCUGCUCCUGUAGAGUGCAUCGAACAAGAAGAAGUGGCUGGAGAUCCUCCAACUCACGAAGAUGCGAGUGAAGUUCCGGACGACCCGACUACCACUCUUGCGGAAGAGGUUUCUGAGGAGCUCGAGCCUGUCGCCCUUGCGGACGAAGCACAGUCCGUGACGGAUGAUGUCGUCAACGAAGAACCAGUCGAAGCCACGGCGCGAUCUCCUGCUCCUGCCGUCGAAGCAGCUCCCGAGACCAUCACAGAAAUAGCCCCGGGGCCUGAGGCCGUGGUUGCCGAAGUAUCACGUGCCGAGCCUGAGCCUUCCAAGGCCUCCGUGGACGAGAGAAAAGAGGUCACAUUCGACAAGGCGACUGAGGCUAAGGCCAAGGCCAAAGAGGAGGAGGAGGCAAGAGACAGAGUCCAUGCCAUUGAGGACAGAAUCAAGAAAGGUGAGACUGACAGCAAUGCUUUGCGUGAUUCUAUCUCCGGAGAAUUGAGAGGCGAGGACGGGACGAGAAACGAACAUGACAACGAGCACUCCGAGAGUCUGGGCUCAGCCAAUAAGCAAGACCCGGAGGCUCAACAAGGGACUGCGGUUUCGACUCCAGCUUCAUCGCCAAGAUCAGAGAAGCAGGUACGGUUCGACAUGACUCCCACGGAGAUCCCGCCAAGCCCAACACACCGACGAGGCAGGCAGAUCGAACGAUCCGAGUUUCCGUUCAUGCCCGGCGCUGAAACCUCGAGCUCAGAUGGUUCUGUGCAACAAGACACCCUGCGUUCUGAGUCUCCUGCAGCCAGCAAAAGGCUCACGCCAGAGAGCGAAAUAUUACCACCUCCUACAGAGGCAGUCUUGGCAGACAAGGAUAGCCUACAGUCUCAAGAGCAGGACCAACUUCCAGCGUCCCUGCCGACUGCUCCUGAGCGAGCAUCCACACAGACUGCAGAUGAUGGCAUCACAAAAGCAUUGCAGACUUCUGUGGAUAGGGACAAUAUGGUAGAGCACUCUCACGAAGGCGAGCAUGAUGCAAACCUUGCGACACCCCUGACAAUCAAUACUCGAGAAGCCGAGAUCGUCGGCUCCGACGACAUCGAGCAGUCACCUCCACAUACGCCUCAGAGGAGCCCGAAGCGUUCAAGCAAGAAACUACUCGUCCACAUCCCGUCAUAUAGUCAGUUUCCCGAUCCUGAAGUUCCUAGCCCAUCGAUGAUGAACUUCAUGGAAUGUCGCCCUGGCACGCCCAACAUUGAGCUUCCCGAUCUUGCGGACCCAAAGCCACUUGCUUUGGGUCGUGCGAGGAGUUUGCGGAAGCAGGCGCAGCGCCGUCGUAGAGCCGUUCGGGAUGCAGAGGACACUGUCGCCGCCGCCGUUGUUAUUUACGCAACUGCUCGGGAGUUCAGCCCCGAACCGCUCUCGCGCAGACGGCUUGGCAAGCUAGGGGAGAAGAACAUUGCCGAAGUCCUGGUCACGGAAACAAACAGCGAGGGGGAUAUGGAGGACAAACUUCUUCCUGUGCCAGAUGAUUUCACGUUGUCGGGAGUUGCAGAGGAUCAUUUCGUUCGUGAGAAUGACGUUUUUGUUCCUGUUGCUGACCUCUCGACAGACGAUGAAGAUAGAGCAGCGCGGCACAGCCACCAUCACCAUCGCCGCCGCCGGCACUCUUCCUCACACCACUCAUCCUCGUCUUCUUCACGACCGCACGACGAAAAGGAGAAGGCUGAGCAUGAGCCCAGGGACCGCCACCGAAGUGCGCCGCGGGAGCCAUCUCGAGAAGUCCCUCGCGAAUUACCGUCCAGCACCAGUUUCAGCAGUCGCCAGCGAAGCCGUGCCGAGAGCGACGCAUCGGCCAAGGCAGCUGCGGAACGACCAUCUUCGUCACGGCAUGAAAGCGGCGACACGAGCUCGUCGAGCAGAAGACACAAGAUCAGGACACCAGAGGAACAAGCUGCCCACGACCGGCGCAAGGCGGAACGACGUGCUGCCCGCGACGCCGAGCUCGCAUCCAAGGCCCGGCUCUCCGAAUCACCCGCAGCCACUGCCAGCGACCGUGAUACGCAGCGCCUUCGCCGAGACACUCGGCGCAGCAGUCAUUCUCGAUCUGAACGGGUAUCACUAAGGGACGAGGCUGCCGCAAACAAGAAGUUCUUUGAUGUCAAGGGGGUUGAGAGCUUACUUGCCCACAACUACUCGGGUCAGAGUCAAACUGGUCUCUCAGCACCUGCUGCUCCACGGUCUCGCGAUGGACGUCCUUCAACGCCGAAAGAAUCUCCCAGGAUAUCGCCCAAGGACUCGCCAAAAGCUUCGCCUCGCGACUCGCCGCGAGUGCGCCGCUCCACAAGAGAGUCUUCGAGACGGGAAUCUUCCUCAAGGGACGGUGUUCCGCCUCCGCCACCACCGCCGCAAGCGCCAAUGGCCAGAGACGCGUCCUAUACCUCACGAUCUGACACGGAACCUUCGCGCCCUCCUGUGAGCUCGCACCACAGGCCUUCACACCAUCGUCGCUCCGAGGAUGUGCCUCGCUCUUCGUCGAGACACCACCGAUCAAGUCGCGAUGAGGAUGCCGGAUCUCCGGUGAGACGCCAUCGCAAGACCAGGUCUGACACUGUCACAAGUGGGGCUGGCGAGGUGGCUGGCGAGGUGCCCUCGCCCAGCAAGCCGAGUCUCGCAACACGGGACACGACUGGCACGACUGGCUCAUCACCUGGAGACCACCACCGCCGUGAGGAACGCCGGCGGGCACGUGAGCGUGAUGACGACAAGAAGAAGCCGAGUGGGAUCAAGGGUGUGUUCAAGAAGCUCUUCUCGUAG